AAAACUUUUUUCCAGGUAAAAAGAACAAUGGAAAAUGGCCAGGAAUUAGGCGAAGAAAUAACAGUAAAGAAAAUCAUCACAAAUGUCAACCAACGAUCGCAGAAUUACAACUUUAAUACAAACAGUCAGAGGGUCAGUCAGCCAAGCACAGGCACAACACGGGCUCUACUGGAUAGAAUAACAUUUGAGAGUGAAAAUUUAAAAGUUAGCCAAAGUGAGAACUCUUCAAGAAGGAAUAGUGAUGACGGGGGAAGAACUAAGAAGGAGAAACUUAGAGAAGAUGGCACCAGCUCAGAACCUCCAACCGCUUGUAUAACGAACUAUAAUGCAUGGAACGACAUAGCGAACUCGACGUCCACAACCAGAACUGAACUCAGUACCUCCGAUGAAGCUGUUGACCAUAUCCGAGAUCGUAGACGUAGCCACGACUCAGCUUUACCCAGCACUCCUACUGACCGGUCAGCUUGGAGAUCAGCUGAUAGCCUCGCACCAGACUCAGCUUUCGGUACUUCUCUUGCUGAUAUCAUGGAAAGUCCAGGUAAUAAGAUACAUUUACGAGACGAUAUAAGAUCGAGAGAGAGUUCAGAAGAAAGGAAAGCUAGAAUAUGUUGGAAGUUAGUGAAAAACGUUACAACAGCCGCCGGAGCAUUUAGUAAAAAAGGUACUCCAGCUCUACCCGGCACACCUCUACCUAGUUUUCAGUCAACGUCAAACAGUCAAAAUUCAAAUUAUCACGACGAUAGAAAACCGUCCGUACCGAAUUAUAAUAAUGUAAAAGAAAAUGAUAUUGGAGAAACUAGCCCUGAGGGUCUUGAUCCAGACUCGCUAAUGUUUCGAGACGGUAGACGCCGUAUCGACAUGGUUUUAGCGUACGAGGAAGAAGAUUUUGGAGUGAUGACGGAGGCUGAAGCUAAGAAGAGAGAUUAUAGGAGAACCUUUCAGGAAAACCUAAUAAAAGAAGGUCUAGAAUUAGAACUGGAGAACAAAUGUCUAUCGUUCGACGGUAAGACCUGGUUCCUCAAAAUCCACAUACCCUGGAAGACUGAAAUGAGACUCGCCGAGGUGAUUGGUAUGAAGCUGCCUACCAAGAGAUUUAUCACUAUAUCUGUUAGUGCUUGGAGUGACGAAGCCCAAGCUGAAAGAGACAAGAAAUGGUACACGAAGUGGCGUAGAAAAUGGAAAGAUUUGUACGAAUAUAAACACACAAGAAUCGAACCUGAACCCUCAUUUUAUGCUGCCACUGAUAAACAAGGUGUUAAGAGAGAGGAACAAUUUUUAGUAAAAGACAGAUACACGCAGUUUUCGCCAGCACAGCGCAGCUUACUUGUGAUGCAGAUUUUACUGCGAGUUAAAUACGACAACACUGAAACUAAGAUGGGCAUACGUCGUUUACUAAAUGAUGGCACAUAUUUAGCUUGUUUCCCCUUACACGAGGGUAGGUAUGAUAUGGAUAUGGAGGAUAAGAUGCAGACGGAUCGACGGCUAUUGUACUUAGAAUGGGCACGUCCUUGCAAAUGGUAUAAAAAACAACCCCUAUGGCUAGUCAGAAGGUACUUUGGCGAGAAAAUUGCGUUAUACUUCUGUUGGCUCGGCUUUUAUACCAAAAUGCUGUACGCACCGGCUAUAGUGGGGACAUUAUGCUUUUUAUAUGGUCUAGCUAGUAUGAAUUCCAGUGAUAAUAUACCUAGCAAAGAAAUAUGUGAUACAAACGGACCGGGGAACACAACUCUAUGUCCGUUGUGUGAUAAAGCCUGUCAGUACCAAAAUCUCUCCGAUUCGUGUCUCUUUGCAAAGUUGACGUAUUUAUUUGACAAUCCAGCAACUGUGUUCUUUGCUAUUUUCAUGUCUUUUUGGGCAACAACGUUUCUCGAGCUUUGGAAAAGGAAGCAAUCGGUUUUGAGAUGGGAGUGGGACUUAGGUGGUGUUGAUCAGGACGAAGACCCCCGUCCAGAAUUUGAAACUUCAGUGAAAACAUUCCGCACGAACCCAGUUACGAGAGAAAAGGAACCUUACCUGCCCGCCUGGCAGAAGACCAUGAGAUAUGUUGCUACUAGUUCCGCUGUUUUGUUUAUGAUCACCAUCGUAAUGGGAGCAGUACUAGGCACCAUAAUAUAUAGGAUAUCAAUGGUGUCAGUCAUCUAUGGAGGCACGGGGUUCUUUUUAAAGAGACACGCGAAAAUCUUCACUGCAAUGACGGCCGCGAUGAUCAACUUGACUAUGAUUAUGCUUCUGACACGGAUAUACGCUAAAGUGGCUGUGUACUUAACGAAUCUGGAAAAUCCGAGAACACAAACCGAGUACGAGGACUCUUAUACGUUCAAGAUAUUUUUCUUCGAAUUCAUCAACUUCUAUUCGUCUCUAAUUUAUAUUGCAUUUUUUAAGGGUCGUUUUUUUGACUACCCAGGAGACGAUCAAGCAAGGAAAUCGGAGUUUUUUAAACUGAAAGGAGAUAUAUGCGAUCCAGCCGGAUGUCUCUCUGAACUUUGCAUACAAUUGGCUAUCAUCAUGAUCGGGAAGCAGUGCUUUAAUAACUUCGUUGAACUUGGUUAUCCGAAACUGCAAAACUGGUGGCGAAGGAGAUCACACCGCGCCAUCACACGAGACCGGAGUCACGCGCACAUGGCCUGGGAGCAGGACUACCACCUCCAGGACCCCGGCCGGCUCGCGCUGUUCGACGAGUAUCUGGAGAUGAUCCUACAAUAUGGCUUCGUGACGCUCUUCGUAGCGGCCUUCCCCCUCGCCCCACUAUUUGCCCUGUUGAACAACAUCGCUGAAAUAAGGUUGGAUGCUUACAAGAUGGUGACGCAAGCCAGAAGACCCUUGGCAGAGAGAGUUGAAGAUAUUGGUGCAUGGUACGGAAUCUUACGCGGUAUAACGUACGCUGCAGUUGUUUCUAAUGCCUUCGUAAUAGCGUAUACAAGUGAUUUUAUACCACGUAUGGUCUACAAGUACGUGUAUUCGCCAGACAAUACCUUAGCCGGGUAUAUUGAUCAUUCAUUAUCAUUGUUCAACACGUCGGACUACCGCGAGGAGUGGGGCGCGGACGAGAACGAGGUGGACCCGGCCGUGUGCGCGUACCGCGGCUACCGCAACCCGCCGCAGCACAGCGACCCGUACGGCCUGUCGCCGCACUACUGGCACGUGUUCGCGGCCAGGCUCGCCUUCGUCGUCGUGUUCGAGCACGUGGUAUUCGGAUUAACCGGAUUAAUGCAACUCUUCAUACCGGACGUACCAACGGAACUCAAGAUACAGAUUCAGAGAGAACUGCUCCUUGCGAAGGAGGCAAAAUACGAACAUGGCAGACGAAGACUGUCGACCGAGUACAGACAGCUGAUCAGCCAGAACAUGGACGCUGGCAAUGUGCCAUCUCGCUGGCAACGUCGUACUUCUCGCGUUUCUGAUGCCCUGGACGCGCAUGUACCGGCCACGCCUACUUCUUAGACUUAUAGAAUACUUCUAGCAUAAUUCUAGAGUUUUUUUUUAUGUAGUCUUAAUGUAGACAAAUGUUGGUUUUAAUGUGUGUGUUCGGGGGGCGUUUAUAAACUACAUACAAGUGUAAUUUUAAUCGUUUUCUCGCAAACGAAAAAAAACGACUACAAUUUACAUUGUCAAGAUGUGGGUAGUUGAUAAAAUAUCAAUUUAAAUAUUAUUAGGCAUUAUUAGGAAUAAGUCAAAAAUAAGUCAUCAGAUAAAAAAAAAUUUU